AUGAGGUGCCAUCCCCUAAGGCAGGAGGAACUGGCACAGCACGAGGAAGAACACGACUGUCUCCGGGAGCCUGACUCCAGCAGCUGCUACACGAUCGGUGGGCACCAGAGGGGCACUAACAUGGCUCAGCGUGGUGGGGUCACCUGGAGCUAUCAGCACAUCCCGAGCGUCACCCGGGCUUACACCACCGCCUGCUGCAUCACCACUGCCGCUGUGCACAUGGAACUGGUCAGCCCGUUCCAGAUUUACUUCAACCCUGAUCUGAUCUUCAGAAGGCUGCAGAUUUGGAGACUAGUGACCAAUUUUCUGUACUUUGGACAUCUGGGUUUCAGUUUUCUUUUCAAUAUAUUUUUGGCGUACAGAUAUUGCAAAAUGUUAGAAGAAACCUCCUUUAGAGGACGUACGGCUGAUUUUGUAUUCAUGUUUCUCUUUGGAGGACUCGUCAUUACAAUAUUUGGUCUUUUUGUCAAUCUCUCGUUCCUGGGCCAGGCUUUCACUCUGAUGUUCGUAUAUGUUUGGUGCCGUAGAAAUCCUUUUGUUCGAGUCAAUAUUCUUGGAAUUCUCAUGGUUCAGGCCCCUUAUCUGCCCUGGGUGCUCAUGGCUUUCUCCUUCCUAUUAGGCGAUUCCAUCCUUGUGGAUGUGCUGGGCAUGGCAGCUGGGCACAUAUACUUCUUUCUUGAGGAUGUUUUUCCAAACCAACCAGGGGGAAAGAAGCUCUUAGCUACUCCAGAAAUCUUGAAACAAAUAUUUGAUGAACCUCACCUGGACCCCAACUAUGACCCUUUACCAGAAGAUAUUAUAAACCAAUGGGACAAUGAUCAAGCAGCUCAAAGUGACUAAAGUAACUGAAAUAAACCCAAAUUUCCUGAGUAUCUUUAAAUGAAUGAUUUUUCUAAGCUAUGAACAUUUAGCAGCUUUAGCCAUACCAUAAAGAAAUGCAGGACAACAAAUUUAUUUUCCCCAUAAUUAUCUUACGCCAUAUCCUUACCGUACAUUGAUCCUUUGAAUUAUUGGGUGAAGUACAGAUUAUAACCAAAAGCAUACAAGCCCAGUUGACACAUAAAGAGGGGGGAAAAAGCAAAACCUCAAUGCAAAAUAUUGAGCAUUAUGUUUAUUUAAAAAGUCCUCUACAAGUGCAUGAUGCACCUAUACAAAUUAAAAAUAGAACACAAAAAAGCUUUACAUUUCACGUACACAGGUAUAAAGGAGGGCUUGGGACAUCUGUCUCAGGUCUUCCGGUAGUCAGGUAGCACUAAAGCUUCACACUCUGUACAUGGAAGGAAAGGAUGAGGGAGUCAAACUAGGCAGCACCCAGCUGCUUUGAAAGUGGAAUGUGUGGGUCCCCUGCACCUUCUGAUUUGGGCUCAAGAGGUGCUAAGGUUACCCUCCUCUCCUCCACAACUCUUUAGUCUUAGAAUUUUUUUUAUUUUUUUU